AUGGCUGGCCCCAAACAUCACCAGUUUAAAGAUUAUCCGGAGCCCAGAAAGGGGCCUCAGCUGCCGCACACUUAUGACCGGAAGCCUAACCCGGCACUUCGCGGCGUCAUCUUAAGCAUUGGCGCAUGGCUGCUGGACUGGCUGUGGUUCCUGCCGCAAGUAAUCUGGUCGAACGCGGGUUUUGGGUCACUCCGGACGAUCCGGUCCCACCUGGAUUACACCGAGCCUCGUUAUGACCCAACUGUUGUCCCUCUGAAAGGCAAUACGGGAGAAAAGACCGACGAUUCUGUCGUGCACGCGGUAUCGGCACCGGCAGUCAAUUAUCCUACGAAAUACUACUCGGUCGCGGAUUACCAUGCGCUUUACAAAUCGGGAGAGUUGACGCCUACUGCGGUCGUCAAGGGACUCCUCCCGUUGAUCCGACGCGAUUUGUCCACCCCCGGUAAACAUUCUAUUGCGUUUAUUGACAGCCGGGUCGAUUUGGUUCUUGCUGCAGCUGAAGAGUCUACCCGUCGUUACCAAGAAGGGCGACCGCUCGGCUUGUUCGACGGUGUUCCUGCCGCGGUGAAAGAUGAGUUCGAUCUCGAUGGGUACCGCACUAACAUUGGCUCCCUGAAUGAUUACACCCUUGAGCCAAACUCGGACGAUCCGUCCAUCACCAACUGGUGUAUUCGACAGCUGCAGAAAGCUGGAGCAAUUGUAGUGGGGAAGGUCUCGAUGCAUGAGUUUGGACUUGAUACCACUGGAAAUAACAUUCACUACGGCACUCCGCCAAACCCAUACCACCCGGACUACUACACCGGCGGAAGCUCCUCCGGAUGUGCAUACGCCGUGAGCGCAGGCUUAGUACCCAUCGCGCUAGGCACAGAUGGUGGAGGAAGUGUCCGGAUCCCAUCGUCGUUCUGCUCUGUGGUGGGAUUAAAGCCUACCCAUAACCGACUUUCGCAUUAUCCGGGCGUCAACUAUGCCAGUACCACCAGCGUGAUUGGACCUCUUGCUGCAGACAUUCGCUCUCUCGCCGAAGCGUAUCAUAUUUUCGCCACACCAGGUCCAGAUACACCAUUCCCAGCCCCAGGCCCCCUCUCACUGUCCCCGUCAACCACAAGAAAGAAGCUCCUCGGUAUUCCAGAAGUAUGGUUUUCCCGGUCGACUCCGGACGUCCAACGUCUCUGCCGUUCCCUCCUGGACAAGCUUGUCACCGAGAAAGAUUACGCCCUGGUUCCGAUCGACAUCCCCUUCCUCGUCGAAGGCCAGACAGCCCACGCCAUGACCAUCCUGACUGAUGCUGCUGCUCUGCUCCCCGAUACCACCAACAUCACCGCUCCGAAUCGCAUUCUCCUGUCUCUCGGCCGUACUACUCCCGCUGCUGAUUACCUUCUCGCGCAGAAACUUCGUCGGCUCCUGAUGCAGCAUCUUGCUGCCCUCUGGGAAGAAUUUCCUGGUAUGAUCAUCGUGACCCCUACGACUGCAUGUGCGGGCUGGCCGGUUGUAUCGAAGUCGGAGUUGAAAUGGGGACUGAGUGAUGGCGACCGCACGCUGAAGGCCAUGGAGUACGUGUGGCUGGCGAACUUCACUGGCAUUCCUGCGAUUAGCGUUCCGGCGGGAUAUGCGGACCCGGAGGGGAAAAGCAGUACCGAGGGAACGGUUCCUGUCGGGCUCAUGGGGAAUGGAGAAUGGGGUAGCGAAGAGCAGUUGUUGCAGUGGGGAUUGGAGGCCGAGGAAGUCGGGGCGGACUUGCGUGAGAGGCCACCAAUCUGGGAGGAUGUCAUUCAGAGGGCUAAGUGGGUUGGUUCUAGCAGUGAUGCUCGAGCGACUGCAUGA